AUGCAGACGGAAAAGCUACACGACUUUAAGGACCACGGUGCGAUUCAAAACCGAUCGAAUGAUGGAAGUAAGCUCACUCCCGGCGUCGAUCAUAAGAUUUUAGGAAUAGACAUCGGCGGAACAAGCAUAAAGGCAGCGCCAGUUGACACUCGGACGGGUCAGCUGCUAGCGGAACGAUUUGUCGUGCUCACACCGAACCCAGCUACACCCGAAGCAUGUGCAGACGCCGUCAGCCAGUGUGCUGAACACUUUCAGUGGAAAGGAGCCGUUGGGAUUGGCGUACCCGCAGUGGUGAAGGAUGGAACCACAUGGACAGCCGCGAACAUCGACAGCAGUUGGGUGGGAGCAGACGUGGAAGGCUUGUUUAGCCGGGUGACAGGGCUGCCAGUCACGGUCGUCAACGACGCCGACGCUGCUGGCUAUGCUGAGCUGGGCUUCGGUGCAGGGUCGGGGGAGAACGAACGCGGCGUGGUGUUCAUUGUGACCUUCGGAACCGGCAUUGGCACGGCCAUGUUCGUGGAUGGCAUUCUGGUCCCCAACCUGGAAUUGGGUCACAUGGAGGUGGAUGGAGUGGAGGCAGAGGCGGCAGCAGCAGGCGUGCUGGUGGAGAGGAACGGGUGGACAUGGCAGCAGUGGGCUGACAAGGUCGCCUGGUACCUGGGCCACAUUGAGAAGCUCUUCUGGCCCUCCAGAUUCAUCGUGGGAGGGGGAGUGAGCAAUGCACAUGAGCAGUGGCUGCACCUGGUGAAGCUGCCCAAGGGCACGCCCAUCCUGCCAGCCUCCAUGAAGAACGAUGCCGGCAUCAUCGGUGCCGCCAUGGCUUCUCUCGCCCGCUCCGUCUUUGCCAUCCGCCACAAGCCACAGCAGGUGGAGGACUACAUUCAGGCCUGA